AUGUCUGUAGAGAAAAGGAGGAGUGGGCGAUGUAGGAAAGCUCUGAACAAGACAAAUUCCACAGGGUCGACAGGGCACUGCGGUAAGAGCAACUAGUUUUUUCUACCUGCAUGGCGCAGCAAAUGGGAAUCGUUAAUUAGGCUCUACCGUGAAAGUAAGGACGAAUAGGAGGCACUUCCUCCAAGAACUCAUUCACCUCUCAAGUCCGACCCUCUCUCAAGUUUCAUUUUGGAAUUCUUAGCCACCUUUCAGGUCGUCAUCAGCAUCUCACCUGUACUGCUGGACCAUGGAUUUCACACGGUCGAAGAUUUCAAUUGCUCUCCAGCUCCACGUCGCGGGAAAUAGGCGGUAUACGUGCAUCUGGAAGGGUUAGGAAAGCUGCCAAUGUGAACGGAAAGCGUGACCACUUUAUGUUACAGUGCAUGGCCUCUGGACAAAGUGGCAACGAUCAUGCACAGACCCCUCCGAAAGUGGAGUCUCAACGUGUUCCUGUGUUUCGGCAUCAUAUACCUCAGACUUGGGGCCCUGUCCUCGGUGGUGGCUCUGGGUGCCAACAUCAUCUGCAACAAGAUUCCCGGGCUGGCACCUCGCCAGCGGGCCAUCUGCCAGAGCCGCCCGGACGCCAUCAUUGUUGUGGGCGAAGGCGCCCAGAUGGGCAUCAAUGAGUGUCAGUACCAGUUCCGGUAUGGACGCUGGAACUGUUCGGCGCUGGGAGAAAGGACAGUCUUCGGUCAGGAGCUGCGAGUAGGCAGUCGGGAAGCAGCGUUUACCUACGCUAUCACAGCGGCGGGGGUGGCCCACGCCAUCACGGCAGCUUGCAGCCAGGGCAACCUGAGCCAGUGCGGCUGCGACCGGGAGAAGCAGGGCUACAACAAUCAGGAGGAAGGCUGGAAGUGGGGAGGCUGCUCGGCCGACAUCAAGUACGGGAUCGAGUUCUCUCGCCGCUUCGUGGAUGCCCGCGAGAUUAAAAAGACGCCGCGCCGCCUGAUGAACUUGCAUAACAAUGAGGCAGGAAGAAAGGUACUAGAAGAAAGGAUGAAGCUAGAGUGCAAGUGCCACGGCGUCUCGGGCUCCUGCACCACCAAAACGUGUUGGACUACCCUUCCCAAGUUCCGAGAGAUUGGCUACAUACUUAAGGACAAAUACAACGAAGCCGUGCAUGUGGAGGUAGUCCGGGCUAGCCGACUGCGCCAGCCCACCCACCUCAAGGUGAAGCAGACUCAGGGCUACCGCAAGCCCAUGGAGACAGACCUCGUCUACAUCGAGAGGUCGCCCAACUACUGCGAGGAGGACGCAGCCACGGGGAGCGUGGGCACCCAGGGACGCCUGUGCAACCGCACCUCGCCACAUACAGAUGGCUGCGACCUUAUGUGCUGCGGGCGGGGCUACAAUACACACCAGUACACCAAAGUGUGGCAGUGCAACUGUAAGUUCCAAUGGUGCUGCUUUGUCAAGUGCAACACGUGCAGUGAGAGGACGGAGGUGUUUACCUGCAAAUAAGGACACGAGGAACUCAGUGCCAGGAAGUGAGGCGCCAAGGACUAGCUGAAUGACGAAGACUCGAGCGAACGAGAUACAAGUGUGACGUGGACCAGUGAGAGAUUUUAAAAUAAAGGAAUGGAAUUUACACUACCAGCUCUUCAUGGCAUCGUUUUGCACAGCAGAAUCUAUCUUAUUUUUUUUCAGAAAGUAAAUGCUAAAUAUCCGUAGGUAACACCCCAGAACUUUACUGUUGCAUAGAGAUUGUGCUCAUGUACUGAUGUAUCCACAGUGAAGUUGGGACUACAGGUAAUGAAUGAGGCCGGUGUGAACUCUGGGAUUUGUAAUUGUUAAAUUCAUAGGAGACUCGUGCAUGGAGAGGAAACACAGUAACCUGGGAGUUGAUCAAAAUGACAGCAGCUGAUGAGGGGUGACUGGGAGAUAUUUGUCAAGUCCUUGAUUGAAAAUAUUUUAAGGGUUUUUGUCGUAUUUUCAAAAAAAGUGAAUCUUGACACGAAUGAAUCCCCAAAAUUGGCUGGGGCUUAUGUUGGAGGUUUUGUAGACAUGAAGAACAUUUUGUAAGUAUGGUGCGUUGGGGUGCGCCAAAAUCUGAGUGGAGAACUCUGUUAAACCCUCUGCUGCCAACUGGAAUAUGGUGGAGUAUGUUAGUUUUCCAGUCACACUGGAACUGUCUGUUCUGAACACUGAAAAUAAAUUGUUUAUUUAUGUUAUAGUAUCUUAAAACGAAGCACUAACGGGUAGAGAUGUCUUUUUUUGUACUAAGUGUAAAGAAAAAUACUUUUUAGAAACUCUGACUGAAAAUGUGUGUCUAUUAGAAAAUGACCCCCCAUCCCUAAAACACUUUAUCUUUUCUUUAGAAAAAAGAAAGAAAAAAGGUUUCAUUGCUACUGGUGUGUUGUCAACAAAAACGUCAUUACAGUGUGUUUCACAUUCAAAAACCUUGGUUCUUUUUUACUGUAGCAAACUUUGUUUGUGCUGCUUUCCCCCCAAGCAGUAAUAUAUAUUUGGAUGCUUUUGCAAUUUCAGUUGAUAGACAGUAGCAAGAAAACUCAUUUAACUGCAGAGAUCCUUCCUCAAUUUAUUAAACACAAAGCUGACAUGUUGCUGGAUGUGUUGUUGAGUGCUGCACUGAUAUUUUCUACUCAGAUACGACUCAUGACAACUAAAUAAACUCCCAUUUGACUCAGUUUGGCAGUUUAUUGAUAAAAUAUCGGUUUGGAGUUGAACCAGUCUGCCGUCAACUUAAAGGGAUAUUCGGAUAUCAAAGUGUGAUCAGUUGAAUGAUAAUUAAUUACAACAAUCCACCCAUGCAUAUUAUAGCUGUGAUAUAUACAAACAUAAAGGUGUUGAGUCUGCUAUGCUGCCGGAAGAGCUUUUAUAGUUUAAAGUAUCCACUUUUUCUCUUAACACAAGGCUUGGUCUCAUAUUAGUUCUGCUCAAAAAGAUAAUUCCACUUUAUUACAACUUUUUAACAACAUUUUAGACCGUAUAUCCAUCAGUUAGCCCAUACUCAACAAAGUACUUCUAUAUCUGGGAAUAUGGUGAUACAACAAUGUAGGUUUCACCACGAAAGAAUGUAGGCUACAGUGGGUCAAAGCUGAAGCACUCAACUGUUGCCUUUGUUUCCUCUUCGAAAUUACUUUAGGAACCUCCUUUUCAGGGAUGUCUCAGCUGUCCCUGAUCAUUGCUUUUAACUUUGGAGUACAAUGUUAUCCUAAUGGAUUGGAAUGAGGGCCAAACCAAUAAAAACUAAACAGCUA